AAAAUGAAAAAUGGCUGAUUAAUCUUGAACCUCUAUUUUAAAGAAAUAGUUUCAAAAAUCAAGAAUUUAAAGACGGGAUUCUAGUUGAAUAAGUUUAAAGGUGGAUAUGGUGGAACCUUCUAAUCCUAGUCUACACUUUCAUGGCAGGAGAUGGGAGCAAGUAAUUCCAAACCCGACAAGGUUCCGGUCCUGGGAUCUGCAGAGGAGAACCCUCUCUCCAUCAUCCCUGUAUUUAGAACUAGUCUCAGGGAAAGUUACACUGUGAGUAAAAAAACAGUUUUAAAGUUAAAACCCAACUCUAUUCUCUCUGUAGAGAGCAAUAUAGUGGACACUAGAGGGUUCUAUGUCUUCAGAAAAACAGGAAGUUUUCUAUCCUGUUGCCUGGAGUUCAGUGAUGAUGCUGGGAAUGUUCUUGCAACUGUAGAAAACAAAAUCAGAUGUUUAGAAACUACAGCUUGGAUAAAAUUGGGAGACUCCUCCGGAGACGUUGUUGCAACUCUAGUUCAUCAUUAUAGAGGGAAAAACAGCAAAGUGUUUAUUUACAUUCACCAGGAUCCUCUUCCUUUAGAAGAAACAGAAUGCUCAAGACGAAAUCCAAAUAUCAAGGUUGUGGGAGACAUAGGGUCUCAUCAGUUCUAUUUCAAAAUGGCUGAUAAAAAGAUUGCUCAGGUACAGCGGAGCACGGAGAACCAAAUGUACAGCCUUGAAGUUGGACCUAAUACCGAUAUUGCCUUUAUCACAAUAUGUACAGCAGCCAUAGAUCUUAUUCAUCUUAGAUCCUCACUUACUCCGUUAGAUCUUUGCUGUUGCUUCUUUGGAUCCGAGUUUAUUGACGAGGAGCCUGAAGAUGAAGAGACUGAUUGAAUCAGAACCUCGGAGCUCUUCCCUAAAGACCAAGACCAAGAUCUAAAUCAAGACAAGAUCAAGAUCUAAAUCAAGACCAAGAUAAAGAUCAAGAUCAAGAUCAAGAUCAAGGCUAAGAUCAAGAUCAAACCUAGAUAUUUAGUCUGUUCAGAACAGAUUUACUCUGCUCCUUUGCCUUAUCUUCAAUUAAUAUAUUUUGCAUUUGUCCGACGUAUUUCCCUGUUGAAAUUCCUAGUUUAAUCUCCCGUGAUAUUUAUAGUUUAAUCUCUUUUUCAUGUUAAAUUAUCUGAUAACAAUGAUCAUAACUGAAUAUUCAGAUCCUGGCCAAAAACUUAACAUCCAAACAUGUUUCAAACAGCUGGGAAAAUCCAAGAUUAAACCUGGUUCAAAUAUGGUUAAAUCAUGAUCGAUCUUAACAUGGUCCAAACAGGAACCAAACUUAUUCCAAACAUGGUCCAAACUUAUUCCAAACAUGGUCCAAACAUGGUCCAAACAUGGUCCAACUCCAAACAUGAAUCAAACUUAAUCCCAUGCCUGCAUGGUUUAAACCUGGUGCAAACUUGGUUUACAAAUGGUCCGAACCAAAUUCAAACUUGUUUUGGAAACCUUUCCUCAACCAAAAUUUGUUUAAACCCUAAAUUAACGGAGGCAAACAUUUUAGAAAUCCAACGUAUAGAAACCGCUACGUAUAGC